UUCAGAUCUCAGUAAAAAUGCUAUGGUUAACAAGGUUUUGACGCCAAAACAUAAGACUCACGAAGAACUUCCGCCAUGUUCAACUGGUUCUGGAAACUUUUGCUGCUGCCAUUUUGCGUCAUUUAUACAGAAACCACCUCUAUACAUGUACCAGGAAAAAAAGGAGGCAAUGCCACCCUGCCAUGUGGAUUUGAGGCCAGAGACAUUUUAGAUGUUUUUUUAAAAAGUCUGUCAAAAAACAUCCCUGUUUGUAAGACGGAUGAAUGUAGUGGACGCAUAAUUAAAAAAGGAGCAUGUGACAUCAUCAUCAAGGAUCUGAGACUGAGUGACGCUGGAAAAUACAUUCUAAGAGUCCAUUACCGCAAUGAUCAGGAAGAGCUGAAGCAACAAACAAGGGAGUACCAUCUUCAUAUUGAUGUGGAGAUUUUUGUGAAAACAGGCGAGGAGCUGAAGUUGGAUGUGCUGUUUAGCAACGCUGAUAAAGUUCUGACAAACUCCAGUGGAGAGUGGAGGGAGGUGUGGAACAGAACAGAUGGGGUCCUGGAUCAUCAUAUGACUGACACUGAUGGAAACCUGACCAUCAAAGUCUUUACAGCCAAUGACACUGGAACAUACAGAGUUCUAGACUCUAAAGGAGAAAUCUUGAUCACAGUGACCGUCACAGAAUCUAGUACACUGUCAAAGGAAAUGCAGAUAAACACAGAUGAUGACAAAACUGAUACUUUAGUAAUUGUGCUGUCUGUGUGUGGGCUUCUGGUGUUUCUGCUGCUUAUUAUACUUGUCAUCAGGAUAUACCAGCGUCGGCACAGAAACCCAGAACAUGAGCCUCACCUACAGGUCCCAUUGCAAGAAACUGUACAAGAGGCCCAAAACAUCUAGCAACACCACUGGUUACAUGUAGCAGUGCUUCAGAGCAAAAAGAUCUUCAAAGGAUUCUGAAAGUCCAAAGUUGAGCCUCUGUUCACUGUAUUAUUUAAAAAAAAAAAAAAAAAAAAAACUAAAUUGACAUUUAUUGAAAUAACUAUGACUAUACGUCUACAUUAAUCCGGAUAGAACUGCAAACUGAGUUUUCGUUUUAAAACACUCUCCGUCCACACUAGCGUUUUCCAAAGUUUCUCAUCCACACUAAAACGUAGGACAAUGUUACAUUUCCCCUACUGUGCAUCUGUACAAUAGCAAAACACUCACUGAGAUGAUACAGAUGGAACAGACAUAAAAAGUUUUCACGCAUUUUUUCUGGCAGGAUCAUUUUAUUUACGGAAAUCUCAUCAUUCACUGACGCGUCUAUGUCGCUCUCACUCAUGUUUGAUCAAAGCAGCUGCCCUCAUGUUUACAGCAACUGUGAGUACAUUUUCUGGCAUCUUUUUAAGACUGUAAUAUGAAGAGUGUACACGGUAAAUAUCUUUAAGCAGCAGUGUGAAAGUGAAUAGCACAUAACAGGCAUAAUUACCGGUAUAAACAUAGAUAUCUAUUGGUACAAUAUGCGUCACAUGACUAAACAUGUGUCUUUGUUUUCAAAAGCCUCCGUUUUCACAGUCCACACUACAACGUGAAAACAGCGUUUUCAAAUGUAUCCACUUUGGAGAGCGUUUUCAAUAAGCUCAGUUUUCCUUGUCAAAAAUUGUGUUUAGUAUUCCAUUGAAUGACACUGGGCACCUUUAAUAAGUAUUUCCCCUCUAAGCUUGUGGAAAAGCUGCUUGUGUUAAGCUUUGGUUCAUCAUGGUGACAUUUUUAUCACAACCUAUUUUUGUUGGUUAUCAGUGUAUUACAAAGGUACAAAACAGAUGAUAAUUCAAUAGAUUGCUACAUUAUUUUAUCACUUAAUGAAAUAGUGUUUUUUUUACUGUGAAUUUAAGUUAAGAUAUUUAUAUAUAUUUAGAAAAUAUUUAUAUACAUUUAGAUAAGUUAAGACUAAAUUUCAAAGUUAGGUGCUUUAGUUUUGUUUUGUUUUUUUAAACUGAACUAGCUUCUUUGUACAUGUUGUAAACCACACUUGAUAAAAUUUUGAUACAAUUUUUAAUUGUUAGGUAAUUUUUAACUGUUUUUUGUAUUGUUUAACUGGAUGUAAACAUUCAUACUCAGGACAAAUAAUGAACUUGAAAAGUACCUAAUGAAUCCUCCUGUCAUCCCAGGGAUGAAAAUAAACUUCAGCUGCCAUAAACGCAGCACAGAGCCAUAUGUGGUGCUCAAAAGCCAGGCACAGUGCCAUGCUUGAUGGACUUUAUACACAUAUAUAUUCAAGCAGAUUGUUAUCUCUCUUUUUUGAUUUCUUCCUUAUUUCCUCACUGUGACUGAAGUUUUUGACAAUCCAAAAUUUGUGAAUGUGAGCAGUCAUGUCUUGGGAGAUCUUGCACUAUUUGUGACUGCACUGUAUGCAUAUGAAUUAAACAUGUCUAUAUCAUUUCAGUAUGCUAAUGCCUACAGUAUCUGGCAGAAGAGAUUCAUCAGUAUGCUUAUUGAGGACUGUUGGGAUAAUUUUAGGUUCUUAGGAAAAUGAACUGUUGAUCAGUGAGACUCCUUGAUUGCAGUGCAUUGUACAUAAAAGUUGUUCUAAAGAGUAUGUCAUUAUAUUCAUCUGUCUUUUUAUAUAAAUGUGUACCUUAAUUAAAAAGUUUAGAGAAUCUGUU